CCUCACUCGUCUUCAAUCUCCUUUCGGGCUAUCUCUAUUUUCCAUCCUUCGCAUUUUAAAUUCCUAACAGCUUUUCAAAUAGCCUUUGAACUUAAAAAUUCAUAAAUAAAAAUAAAAUUGAAGUGGUUUUGUUUGGCAAGACUUUGUAGCAGUCUACCAGGUUGAGCAUAAGGGAUGAAGACUGUAGCAUCACCUUCAACACUCUCCCUAAUUUCACGCGUAAAUGUCUAUAAAAUCUCUCUAUAUUCUCCCAUAUUUCGAUUUUGCCACUUUCCUUUCUCUCUCACUCAUCCUCCCAGACCGCUCUCCACAAUUGCCUCUGCAUUUCAGUCUUCCUCUCAGGCUGUGUCUUCUGGGGAUGUUAACAAGGAAACCAAUUUGUUUCAGAUAAUUCAAGCUCACCAGGAGAAGGCUGCUAGGCUUUCUCCGCUGGAGGAAAUUCGUACCGUGCUUGAUCAAAGCACACGUGGCAUGCUUUCAACUUUUUCACAGAAGCUUGAGGGCUAUCCAUCAGGGUCGAUGGUUGACUUUGCAUGUGAUGCCAAUGGAUAUCCGAUAUUAGCGGUCAGCAGCCUGGCGACUCAUACAAAGGACCUAUUGGCUAAUCCCAAAUGUUCAUUGCUUGUCGCAAGAGAUCCUGAUGACAGGACUGAUUUAGUAAUCACCCUGCAUGGUGAUGCUAUUUCUGUAUCCGAAAAAGAUCACGCAGCCGUUCGAACUGCUUAUUUGGCUAAACACCCUAAUGCAUUCUGGGUUGACUUUGGUGACUUCCAAUUUAUGCUCAUUGAAUCAAAGGCUGUGAGAUAUGUAUCAGGUGUUGCGACAGCUUUGCUAGGGUCAGGAGAGUUCACCAAAGAGGAGUACCAGGAUUCAAAAGUUGAUCCAAUAGCCCAAUUCUCUAAGCCUGUUGCGUCUCACAUGAAUAAGGAUCAUGCUGAAGACACAAAAGUCAUUGUGCAAUACUCAACAUCAAUCCCGGUGAACUAUGCUUACAUGCUGGAUUUGGAUAGUCUUGGAUUCAAUGUCAAGGCUGGUUAUCAAGGACAUACUUUCAAGCUUCGAAUUCCAUUUCCUAGACGUGCAGAAGAUAGAAAGGAUGUGAAAACCCUCAUAGUUGAUAUGCUCCAAGCUGCCCAGUCUUAAGUCAACUGACCACACUGCUAAAAGAGCUCUAAGAGGAUCUUGUGUUACAUUUGCAUCUAACUUCUCCAGAAUAUGAACCAACAUAUAAUUCCAAAAGACAUGACAAUAAAGAUACAAUUACCUCAGAUACAAUUCCAGAUAAACUUUCAUUUCAAGUCGUUUCCAUUAGAGUUGAAAUUAUGAGAUGUGAAACUGGUUGGUGAUUCCUGUAUAUACUUUCCCAUGAUAUAAUAGUUUCUUCUUUCCCUUACUGCUCUUAUAAUGUAGAAUUAGAUAAAAAUUGAAUUAUUGGAUCCGAAACAUAACUUGAAAACAAGAGAUAUAAAGGUUUGGCUGUGAGCAAUCAAGUUGGAAUAAUUAAACAGCCAUCAGCCAGGGCAUUUGGGAGCUAACAAAAUAUGAAAUGUUUGAUUUAACAUGGAUCAUCUGUAACGCUGAUGCAGCCUAGUUUUACUUUUCCUUCAACAAUUGUUUGAACCUCCUGAUUGUUUUCAAAGUACUCAGACACUUCAUUUGCUUUUGAAAUGGAUUCUGCUGCUUACUAUUCUUGAAAGAUUGCAGAAUUUCCAUCCAAAUGCUCCUCCAGCGUACAAAAUCCAAAGCAAAUUUUACAUUUUUGGUUUCUCUAGGGAGAAAAAAGUGUACUUGAGAUUUUGUAAGGAGAAUCCAACCAGAACAGUCACUGACAAAUGUUACCAUCUAAAUAAACAGACAGAACCUUUGUCAUAUGGGUUUUGCCAGCAUAAUGAUCAGGCCAAUCUAGCCAUUCAAAUUGGACAAUUUUUUUACCAUAUGUACUGCUUCAUUUGACCACAUAUUAAGGCCAAAGUCUUAAAGGAUCUCAAUGUUGUAUUUUUACCAUCGUUGUUACCUAAAUUACACAAUUUGAUCAUGAAAAACAUAAAAAAGAAAGAAAGAGAGCUACAUGCA